AUGGUGCUGAUCAAAUCUGAGGUGGGGCGCAAAGUUCCCGAUGCGGGUGUGAUAGACAAACCUGGUGUGUAUGAACUGAGCACGUUGCCAACAGGCAUUUCUAAGAUUCAUUUGAUUCCUGGAUUUAUUGGCUCAGAAGAAGCAGACUGGAUAUUUGAACAACUGCUCCAAGACAUACCCUGGGGUCAGAGAACUCACGUCAGACAGGAGGUAUCCUUUGAGGAGCCAAGACUUACCUCCUGGUAUGGGGAACUUCCUUACACAUACUCCAGGUUGACAAUGCAGCCAAACCCUAACUGGCAUCCUGUGCUGACCAUGCUGAAGGAGCGCGUUGAGGAGUUCAGCGGCUACACCUUCAACUCCCUGCUCUGCAACCUCUACCGAAACGAGAAGGACAGCGUGGACUGGCACAGCGAUGACGAACCGUCCCUGGGCAGGAACCCUGUCAUUGCCUCGCUCAGCUUCGGCGCCACCCGCACCUUUGAGAUGAGGAAGAAACCCUCCCCUGAAGAGAAUGAAGACUAUACUUACGUAGAAAGACUACGAAUUCCACUGGAUCACGGGACUCUACUGAUGAUGGAAGGGGCUACCCAGACAGAUUGGCAGCAUCGAGUACCUAAGGAAUAUCAUUCCAGGGAUGCGCGGAUAAACUUGACAUUUAGGAUCAUUUAUCCAGAAUCUGAGGGAACUUGAUAAUCAAGAG